UGGUGAUGGCGGCGGCAGCAGCGGUGGCUGCGGCGGGUCCGGGCCCAUGAGGCGGCGGCGGCGGCGGGACGAAUUUUACCCAGCGCCAGACUUCAGAGACGGGGAAGCUGAGGCCAUGGCAGGAGUUUUUGACAUCGACCUGGACCAGCCAGAGGACGCAGGCUCUGAGGAUGAGCUGGAGGAAGGGGGUCAAUUAAGUGAAAGCAUGGACCAUGGGGGAGUUGGACCAUAUGAAAUUGGCAUGGAACAUUGUGAAAAAUUUGAAAUCUCAGAAACUAGUGUGAACAAAGGGCCAGAAAAAAUAAGACCAGAAUGUUUUGAACUACUUCGAGUACUUGGUAAAGGGGGCUAUGGAAAGGUUUUCCAAGUACGAAAAGUAACAGGAGCAAAUACUGGGAAAAUAUUUGCCAUGAAGGUGCUUAAAAAGGCUAUGAUAGUGAGAAAUGCAAAAGAUACAGCUCAUACAAAAGCAGAACGAAAUAUCCUUGAGGAAGUCAAACAUCCCUUCAUUGUGGACUUAAUUUAUGCCUUUCAGACCGGUGGAAAACUCUACCUCAUCCUGGAGUAUCUCAGUGGAGGAGAAUUAUUUAUGCAGUUAGAAAGAGAGGGAAUAUUUAUGGAAGAUACAGCUUGCUUUUACUUGGCAGAAAUCUCCAUGGCUUUGGGGCAUUUACAUCAAAAAGGGAUCAUCUACAGAGACCUGAAGCCGGAAAAUAUCAUGCUUAAUCACCAAGGUCAUGUGAAAUUGACGGACUUUGGACUAUGCAAAGAAUCCAUUCAUGAUGGAACAGUUACACACACGUUCUGUGGAACAAUAGAAUACAUGGCUCCUGAAAUCUUGAUGAGAAGUGGCCAUAAUCGUGCUGUGGACUGGUGGAGUUUGGGGGCAUUAAUGUAUGACAUGCUGACUGGAGCACCCCCAUUUACUGGGGAGAACAGAAAGAAGACAAUUGACAAAAUCCUCAAAUGUAAACUUAAUUUGCCUCCCUACCUCACACAAGAAGCCAGAGAUCUGCUUAAAAAGCUGCUAAAAAGAAAUGCUGCUUCGCGUCUUGGAGCUGGUCCUGGGGAUGCUGGAGAAGUUCAGGCUCAUCCUUUCUUCAGACACAUUAACUGGGAAGAACUUCUGGCUCGGAAGGUGGAGCCCCCCUUUAAGCCGCUUUUGCAAUCUGAAGAGGAUGUGAGCCAGUUUGAUUCAAAGUUUACACGUCAGACACCUGUUGACAGCCCAGAUGACUCAACUCUCAGUGAAAGUGCCAACCAGGUCUUUCUGGGUUUUACAUAUGUGGCUCCAUCUGUACUUGAAAGUGUGAAAGAAAAAUUUUCAUUUGAACCAAAAAUCCGAUCACCUCGAAGAUUCAUUGGCAGCCCUCGGACACCUGUCAGCCCAGUCAAAUUUUCUCCUGGGGAUUUCUGGGGAAGAGGUGCUUCAGCCAGUGCAGCAACUACUCAGACACCUGUGGAUUAUCCCAUGGAGACGAGUGGAAUAGAACAAAUGGAUGUGACGGUGAGUGGAGAGGCAUCAGCACCACUUCCAAUUCGACAGCCUAACUCUGGGCCAUACAAAAAACAAGCUUUUCCUAUGAUUUCCAAACGGCCAGAACACUUGCGUAUGAAUCUAUGACAUCAACAUUUUCAACAAAUUUCAGGCAAAAAACAAUGGGACGUGAACAUCCUAUAAAGCUGAAAUACAUGAGGGCUCAAAGGGUGACACCCUCAGAGGGCCAGUGUCAUAUUGCACAGGACAGUUUGGAAAGAGGAAAAACAAACAUGGGUGUUUCUUUUCUUUCUUUUUUUUUUAAAUCAAUCAAUGGUGCAAAAAGACUUAAGAAAAAUAGUAUUGCCGAACUUUAGGCACAUCAGUUAACUGAUUCCCAGUGACAUCUUCUCACCUUAUCGAGGAUUUUCAUGUUGAUGGCUUCAAACUGACAGUAUUAAGGGUAGGAUGUUGCCUCAGAAUCACUGUUGUCAUGAUUGUGUCAAGAAAGGUUAACUUUCAUUGGGCAAAGUAUGAAAUGCCUAUACUUGCAAAUGAGGACAAAUUAGCAUGCAAGCUUGGUCAAACUUUUUUCCAGCAGUGUGGAAUCAAAGAUAAGAAAUACAAUUUAACAAUUGAUGUUUUACGUGCAAAAACUUAAUGAAUCUUUUUUUUAUAUAAAUAUAUAUUUUUCAAAAUAGAUUUUUGAUUCAGCUCAUUAUGGAAAAGCAUCCCAAACUUUAAAAUGCAAAAUGAUUGGUUGGUGUGAAGAAAGUCAGAUUACUUCUGUUUCUUCUUUUGGUGAAAUAAUAAAAUGGUAAAUGAAUCAUUGUAAA